AUGUCUCCAAGUCUCCCAAUCAUCGGAGCUCCCGAAAUUCGGUUCAUCUGCACGAUGUCGUACUUGUCUUUCCUUCGUGCCUCAUUGAGCGCGGGCAUUCUCGCCUUGUCGCUCAUGCAUCUCCCUUCUGCAUGCGCUCAGACGGCUUUCGACUGGAACUCGAUUACACCGAGCACCAGCUUGAACUGGGUCAGCUGCUACACUGAGUUCACGCAGUGCGCUAGGUUCAGCGUCCCCCUCGACUACUCGAAUCCAAGCGCAGGUUCUGCCGCAAUCGCCCUAAUUCGCCUCCCGUCUCCCUUGGGCCUUUCUGGAGCACCCGGGUAUCGCGGCCCGGUCCUAUUUAACCCUGGAGGGCCAGGUAUUAGUGGUGUCGAUACUGCACUCGCUCUCGGAGGCAACAUCCAGGGCGUCUUUGGCCAAGAGUUCGAUUUGGUCAGCUUCGAUCCUCGAGGCGUCGGUCACUCAACCCCAGCCAUCAGUGUCUUCACCUCCGAUUUCGAAAGAGCGACCUUCAACUUUGGGGCCACAUUCCUCAAUACGGAGGCGACAUCUAGGUCGAGCCUGCCCGAGCGCUGGGCAAAAGUUCAAGUUCUGGGCAGCCUGGCCAGGGAACGCCAAGGCGAUGUGAUCACCCAUAUGACGACAGACAACGUAGCGAGGGACAUGCUCAGGAUUGUCGAAGCCCACGGCAGGGAAAAGCUGCAGUAUUGGGGUAUUUCUUACGGAAGCGUUCUUGGAUCGACAUUCGCUGCUCUAUUCCCUGACAAAGUCGAGCGCUUGGUCAUCGAUGGUCUUCUCGACCUUGAAGGCUAUUAUUCUAUUGAUUGGCGCAACCAUGUAGUUGACGCUGACAAGACCCUUCAAGCCUUCUUCGAAGCCUGCGUCGCCGCUGGACCCGAAGCUUGCGCGUUCCACUCACCCACAGCUUCCGCUAUCAAGCGACGCCUCAACAGACUCUACGAGCGCGUCCUUCGUCAACCUGCCCCCGCAUACUCCCCAUCUUUACCGAACUACGGUGUUCUCGACCUUGUCACGCUGAAGAGCACCGUCCUCGGGUGCUUGUACGGACCCUCUGAAACCUUUGCCCCGCUCGCGGUAGGGCUGAAAGCCCUCGAGGACGGCGAUGCAAGCGUUCUGUACCAGCUCGCAUCGUCCGCCGAUUCCGCCGAUGCGGGCUUAAUCAACGCGGCCGUUGUCUGCUCGGACGGCCGGACAGUGUCAGAUUCUGCAGCGCAAAUAGCGGAGUACGCGAAGGCCAUCAGCGGGGUUUCGGAGAACUUUUCGAGCCUCGUCUCCUCGGUCAGGCUUCAAUGCUCAGGCUGGAAAGUCCAUCCCAACAACUUCAAAGGACCGAUCUCUGGUAACACGAGCUUCCCGCUGCUAAUCAUCGGAAACACUUUAGAUCCUGUGACACCUCUUUCGAUGGCGAAGAAAGCAUCACUGGCUUUCCCUGGAUCCGCCGUCCUCACGUACGACAUCCCUGGACACACCUCUUUCGCCUGGGCUUCACUGUGCGUCAUCACCCACGUCCGGCUGUACUUCCAGAACGGCACCCUGCCAGCGGAAGGUUCAACUUGCAAUGAUGCUGUGAUUCCAUUUUUCCCUACAACGUCGACAGCGAACGCGAGGGAUUUGGUCAACGAGAAGCGAGGCCCGUUGGAUGAGAUUGUCGAAGGGCUGAGAAGGGCGGACAAGAGUUCCGCCCUCCACUCCUUCGCACUUGCAUACCCACCGACGUUCAUUAAACAAAAAGCUUAA